UUUUCUUUUCCCGUUUUUAUAAAUAAAUCAGCCCGAAAAAAGGACGCGGUCGUGGACCGAACAAACCUUUCCCCAAAAUUUCCCCUUCCCCGCACACCGAACGAACUCUCGAUCUGAUCCCUAUCCUUGCAGGGCCCGCCUCGGCUCACCGAUCCGGCCCCGGAUCCGCUCGUCGCUCGACGGGAUCUCUCGAUUGGUACCAGCUUUGCCCCCUCUCUUUGAUUCCGUAGGUUCACGAGUUAGGGUUUGCUUGUGUGGGUUUCGGGCCUCGAUUUGCUCAAUUGAGGACGGAUUUUGCACGGGGCGUCGGAUCUAUGCGUGUCCUGUAUGUUGUACCUAGGAUUGUUGCCAAUUCUCCCGUCAAUUUUGCGUGAUUUUUCUGGUUGUCGGAUGAGGGGUUAGGGUUUCGUUCGGUCCAGAGGUGUUGGACUCCUAUUCGCGCAUUCGUUAGGGCUUCAUGCCGCGAUAUCCGAGCCUCUUGCUUGAAUUAGUUAUUGCAUGAACAUUGAACAGAAACGUUGUUAUGUAACUUACUGGUUAUAGACGGCAAUUCAUCUGUGCCCUUCAUCAUGGUAGUUGAAUAUGGACUGUAAUUCAUUAUUUUAUUCUACCCUCUCAGUAGUUUAGACAAGCAUGCUGCAUCAGGAGAACAGUGAGCCGUUCGUGAGGCACCACUCUGAGCAGCUUGCGUGUGGCAACAUGAGGGGAGCAGAUAAUGGUCGUCCGAAUUUCCUUCCUGAGAAGUGCCAGAUUGCAGUUUGUCCUGAAGUUUGCCAGAGGGGUGAAAAAGUUAGCCUAUUUGAUGAAGGGCUGAUACAUGGUGUUGAUCUAACCAAUCAUAUUGCUCAGUCACAAUUGGUGCCAAGUGGUGUCAAGGAAACACCAAUAGUGGAUCAAAACAAGAGACCUGCAUCCAGUGACAUGCUUGACAUAGUUGAAUGCAAACGUCUGAAGCAGGAAGGUCAAAUCGUAACUAAGGAAGACAACCAUACAUCUGCAGAGGAUUUUCAUGAGUACCCCACAUACACGACUUGCAGAAGAAGCUUUGACUCACCACUAUCUGAGAGCGAGGAUAGUGAAGAUGAAGGUGUAGAUUCACCUCUCCAUUUUUCACAUGCUCACACCUAUGUUGAAGAUGAUCUAUGGCCUGCCAGCUUUCAUCAUGCUCUGGGCCCUUUUCCCUUGAGGAAACCUGUUCCUAUCGGGCCAAAUCAUCAGGCUGAAUUACCUGAGUGCAGGCCAUUUUGUGGAAGAACUGAAGAAGGCGAAAGUGUCAAGUGGAUCAGAAACGGUGUUGUGCCAAUGCCUGAUACUGGUGCAUCGUCUUUGGUGUUGGAACCUGUUCACUGCAAGGCAGACUGUGAGUGUCAUGAUGAAGGUUCAAUCAUUUGUGUGAAAAAGCAUGUGAGGGAAGCAAGAGAAAAGCUGAAGGGUUCUGUUGGUGCAGACACCUUCAGGGAGUUGGGUUUGAAUGAUAUGGGUGAAGAGGUUGGCUCAAGGUGGACAGAAGAGGAGGAACAUUUGUUCCAGCAGGUUGUCUUGUCAAACCCUGCUUCUCUGUGCAGAAACUUUUGGGAUGAACUCCCUCUUGCCUUCCCUUCCAAGUCCAGCAAAGAACUAGUGAGCUACUACUUCAAUGUAUUCAUGUUGAGGAAGAGGGCUGAGCAGAACAGAUUUGACCCAGUGAACAUCGACAGUGAUGAUGACGAAUGGCAGGCAGGUGACGAUGGUGAGUAUCCAAUCACAGGAAGAACUGAUGAAUACUUGCCAACUGAGUCUCUUACUGAUCAAGAUGAUGUUGCAUGCAAUCCAGUUCCUUUAGAAAGGGAUCUCUAUGAAGAUUCUGAUGAUGAGGAUGAGCUGGACAAUGCCAGUGGAGACAGGCAUAAUGGUGCCCAGAGGGCUGGUAUGUUGUCAGAGGGUAAUCGUGUAAUGUCGGUCAUAGAACAUAAUCAACAGACGUUCAAGUUAGAUGCAGAGGCGCAAGACGACUCUUGCACAUCAUUUGAGGCUCAUCAGGUUGGUGUUGAAGGUGGGACACAUACUGAUAUUGCUGAUGACAAUCAUUACAGGAGUGACGGCUUUGGUGGUGGUGCAGAACAUGGGUUCUUCGGUAAUCAGUGUGACACAAAAGAGUGGGACUUCGGUCUCAGUAUCGGUUGGGAAAAGCAUGAUUUUUUGUCAACAAACAAUGUCAUAGAAGAGGUGUUCGGGAAGUGCUGUGACACUGCUGACCAGGACCUUAUCUGAGCCAGACGCGGAGGCUUCUUGUCAGCUGCGAAAACUUUAGGGUUCUCUGAAUUGUACAGCAGUAGUUGGCUAUUUUGAUUUAAUGCCUCACUUGUUCUUACAGGAAUCUCAUCUCUGUCCUUGGAACAUCAUCUGCUUGUGAUUUCGUCACAUGAUUAAUGUAAAUCCGUAGUCUGUUGAUAGCCUGUGGAAUGUAUGUAUCAUCUUUGUUGUGACGGUGUCUCUUGACCUGAGCGUUUUUUCUAUGUGCUAGCGAGGGUCAUGUAAUAAAAGCUGUUGUUGUUCCUUGACCCUGUCUGCAAAUAAAUGUAACCUGCCAGUCAAUGUAUUCCGAAAGGUCAUUUUUAUCUGA